GGGCAUCUUCCCGUCUGCCCCUUAGCCCACGUGGAGAACGCCAGGGAGCUGUGAGGGUGUGGUGUGUGGUCUCGUUCCUGCUGUCCGGACUCUUUUUCCUCUACUGAGAUUCAUCUGUGUGAAAUAUGAGUUGGCGAGGAAGAUCGACCUAUCGGCGUAGACCAAGGCGCUAUGUAGAGCCUCCUGAAAUCAUUGGGCCUAUGCUGCCCGAGCAGUUCAGUGAUGAAGAAGUGGAACCACCAAAACCUGAAGAAGGGGAACCAGCAACUCAAAGUCAGGAUCCUGUACCUGCUCAAGAGGGAGAGGAUGAGGGAGCAUCUGCAGGGCAAGGUGAAGAAAAGGGAAGAAGAAUGCCUGCUGGCACCUCAUUCGCAUCCAGUGACAGCAACAUCUGUGGUAUUCAGUGUUGA